GUGAGGCAAGGACAGGUGAGUGGCUGCCUCAGCUCAGGCAGGGCCCUAGGGACAGGGCUGCUGGCUCUGAUUUUGCUCCUUCUGGAACCAGAUUUCUGCUGAUGGGCUGGCUGUGAACUCUGAGGUCUCCUUUGGAAACCACUCUGCCAGGAGUGAGAUGUUGCGGAGGCAAGCUGGACAAGAAGACAGCGUGGUGCUGAUCGACAUGGCCUCCCCGGAAGCAGGGAAUGGGUGCUCCUAUGGGAGCACAGCCCAAGCCUCAGAGGCAGGUAAACAGCAGGUGUCCCCCAGCAGAGUUGGGAGCUCUGCCAAACCCCCAAUUGACUUUGUUCUUGUUUGGGAAGAAGACCUGAGAAACCAAGAGAACCCCACGCAGGACAAGACAGACACACAUGAGGUCUGGCGGGAGACCUUUCUGGAGAAUCUUCAUGUGGCUGGCCUGAAAAUAGAUCAGCAUGACGUCCAGGACGAGGCCACUGCAGUACACUACAUCUUCCUCAGCGCGUCCUGGGCUGUACUCUGUUACUAUGCCGAAGACCUGCGUCUGAAGCUGCCUCUGCAGGAGUUACCCAACCAGGCCUCCAACUGGUCAGCCACCCUUCUGGAGUGGCUGGGCAUCCCCAAUAUCCUGCUGGAGCACGUGCCUGACACGCCCCCCGAGUAUUACUCCUGCCAGUUCAAAGCAAGCAAGCUGCAAUGGUUCCUUGGGAGUGACAACCAAGACACCUUCUUCACCAGCACCAAGAGGCACCAGAUUCUAUUUGAGAUCCUGGCCAAGACUCCAUAUGGUCAUGAGAAGAAAGGCUUGUUUGGGAUUGACCAGCUGCUGGCAGAAGGUGUAUUCAGUGCAGCCUUCCCUCUGCAUGACGGUCCAUUUGCUGCAGUCCCAGAGAGUUCACAGGUCCUGGGUCUUAAUCAGCGUCAAGUUUUAUUCCAGCACUGGGCUCGCUGGGGCAAGUGGAGCAAGUACCAGCCACUGGACCAUGUGCGAAGAUACUUUGGGGAGAAGGUGGCUCUCUACUUCGCCUGGCUUGGGUUUUACACUGGUUGGCUCCUGCCCGCAGCAGUAGUGGGCACAGUGGUCUUCCUGGUGGGCUGUUUCCUGGUGUUCUCAGACAUACCAACGCAGGAGCUGUGCCACAGCUCGGAUAGCUUCAACAUGUGCCCACUGUGCCCCGACUGUUCUUUUUGGCUGCUCUCCAGUGCCUGCACCCUGGCCCAGGCUGGGCGGCUCUUCGACCAUGGCGGCACCGUCUUCUUCAGUUUGUUCAUGGCACUGUGGGCGGUGCUGCUUCUGGAGUACUGGAAGCGGAAAAACGCCACGUUGGCCUACCGUUGGGACUGCUCAGACUAUGAAGACAUUGAGGAGAGGCCUCGGCCACAGUUCGCCGCAACGGCCCCCAUGACAGCCCUGAACCCCAUCACGGGGGAAGACGAGCCGUACUUUCCUGAGAAGAAUCGUGUACGCCGCAUGCUAGCUGGUUCUGUGGUACUCUUGAUGAUGAUGGCUGUGGUGAUUAUGUGCGUUGUAUCUAUCAUCCUUUACCGAGCCGUCAUGGCUGUCAUUGUGUCCAAGUCAAACAACGCCUUCCUCUCAGCCUGGGCUUCACGGAUUGCCAGCCUCACAGGGUCAGUGGUGAACCUUGUCUUCAUCCUCAUCCUCUCCAAGGUCUAUGUGGCCCUGGCCCAGGUCCUAACAAGAUGGGAGAUGCACCGGACGCAGACUGCGUUUGAGGACGCCUUCACCUUCAAGGUGUUCAUCUUCCAGUUUGUGAACUUCUACGCCUCACCUGUGUACAUUGCCUUCUUCAAAGGCAGGUUUGUGGGAUACCCGGGCAACUACCACACUUUGUUUGGAGUCCGAAAUGAGGAGUGUCCAGCUGGAGGCUGCCUCAGUGAGCUGGCACAGGAGCUCCUCGUCAUCAUGGUGGGCAAGCAGAUCAUCAAUAACGUGCAGGAGGUUCUGGUCCCAAAGCUGAAAGGCUGUUGGCAGAGGUUGUACUCCAGGAGGAAGAAGGCUGGCAUGGGGACCCACCCAGCACCUUGGGAGGCUGACUAUGAGUUGCUGCCUUGUGAGGGGCUGUUUCAUGAAUACCUUGAAAUGGUGCUGCAGUUUGGAUUCGUCACCAUCUUCGUGGCCGCCUGCCCGCUGGCGCCGCUUUUUGCCCUACUCAACAACUGGGUGGAGAUCCGCCUGGAUGCUCGCAAGUUCGUGUGCGAGUAUCGGCGCCCGGUGGCGGAGCGCGCCCAGGACAUCGGCAUCUGGUUCCACAUCCUAGCCGGCCUCACACACCUCGCAGUCAUCAGUAAUGCCUUCCUGCUGGCCUUCUCCUCCGACUUCCUGCCACGUGUCUACUACAGCUGGACGCACGCCCCUGACCUGCGUGGCUUCCUCAAUUUCACGCUGGCGCGUGCCCCGCCCACCUUUACCUCCAUACACAACCGCACUUGCAGGUACCGGGCUUUCCGGGAUGAUGAUGGACAUUAUUCCCCGACUUACUGGACUCUCCUGGCCAUCCGCCUGGCCUUUGUCAUCGUGUUUGAGCAUGUGGUGUUCUCCGUUGGCCGUUUUCUGGAUCUCUUGGUUCCUGACAUCCCAGAAUCCGUGGAGAUCAAGGUGAAACGGGAAUACUACUUAGCUAAACAGGCACUGGCUGAGAAUGAGGCUCUUCUUGGAGCAACAGCAUCGAAGGAUGACCAGCCUCCAAGCUCAGAGCUCAGUCUGGGUCUUCCAGCCUAGGGUGUCUUUGGACUGGUGACUACCUCCUCUCCUUCUUGGAGGUCACAGUAGGGGUUACUGGAGGCUGACACACUUGCCUGGGAGACUGUUGACGAUGAUGCAUCAGGAGACAGUUUACUACCGUGUGUCUUUUGGAGACCAUGGUUGUGCUCCCGUCCCCAGCUCAACUCAUCCCCACUAUUGGUUUAAAGUAACCAUGACCCUUGGCUGCCAUAGUCCUCUGCUCACACACCCUGCUCAGUCACUACCCCUGCUAGAUAUUCCUUAAGACUACUCAUCUGGAGCUGCUGGCCUUAGGGGCUAUCCCCUACUGCCAUUCCUAGGUCCCAUGAGCCAAAAACUUGUGUCCCAUCCCACUUCCCAUUCCCCACCCUCCAACCUCCCCAUAUCACAAGGCAAAAAGGUUGUCUGAAAUGCUGGCCUCUGUGGCUCUCAGUUUUGCCGACCAUUGUAUUCAGAGAGUAUCUGCCCUUCCUUUGUGUCACCUAAUAUCUCUAAUGACUUUCCUAUCCCUAAACCAAAGGCUGAGGGCCAUCUGCAUCUUAGUAAUGAGGAAGUGGUUUCACACAUGGUCCCCCGCCACCAUGGCAUAACUCUUCUGCCAAUUGAAAAGUUAGACUCUGGGGUCUCUGCCUUCUCAGGGCUUUGCUUGUGGUAGUAUAGGGUUACAUUACCCCUCCUGACCUACCAUCUGCCUUUCCUCACAUGGUCAUUACCAGACACACCUAGCUGUUAGACCUAUACCAUGUCCCAGGCCACAGUCCUAGGAAGUUUGCUUACCUCUUCCUUUCAUACCUAAGUAACCAAGGCCUAUGGGUUCUUUCAUAUCACGGUCUCUUUAUCCUGACAGAUCAAAGGCCUCUGCCCUAUCCCCUUUAUCUCCUGUGUGCCUUACAGUGCUGGGCCAGGGACUCAGCACACAGCAAGCACUAAAGGGGGAAGGCUGUGGAGUGAAAUCUUACCCCUUAUAGUGCAAACAGAAAAAACAGAUUCCUGUAACACCUAGUGGGCUUAUUCCCCCCCACCCCCAGUGUUUACAUACAAUUGCUUCUUGAACUGGGUACAAUGUGGGCCUUUCCUGUUGCUUGCCUUCUGUUAGCUGGGUUAACUGAUGGUUAGUUGCCAGUUAUUUCCUAACUUAGCCACCCACUCAUGAUGGGAUAGGUAUAGGCCUUUCCUUCUGCCAUUUAACUAUGCUGGAAUAAAGGUCUGAAACUCA